AUGGUUUCAACAAAUCUCAUUCAAAUGCCAUUAGAAUUGCCCUUAGAUCACCAAGCAGAUGACUUGGAGGCUGAGUUCGUCGAAAUUGAUCCAUCCGGUCGUUAUGGGCGAUACAAAGAAGUGCUAGGGAAAGGUGCUUGCAAAAAUAUAUAUAGAGCAUUUGAUGAAUUGGAAGGAAUUGAAGUAGCUUGGAACCAAAUAAAGGUUUCUGAUUUUGUGAGGAACCAUGAACAGUUGGAGCGUUUAUACUCCGAAGUUCAUUUGCUCAAAACACUUAAGCACAAGAACAUUAACAAGUUCUACAACUCAUGGGUUGAUACGAAGAACGAGCAUAUCAACAUCAUCACCGAGAUUUUUACAUCCGGGACAUUACGACAGUACCGCAAGAAGCAUACACAUGUGGAUUUGCGAGUAUUGAAGAAUUGGUCCACACAAAUACUAGAAGGACUAGAGUAUCUUCAUAGUCACAACCCACCAAUAAUUCAUCGUGACCUUAAGUGUGACAAUAUUUUUGUUAAUGGAAAUCAAGGAGAGGUAAAGAUAGGUGACGUUGGACUAGCUGUGAUUCUUCGCCAAGCUCAUUCUGCUUACAGUGUGAUUGGAACUCCAGAGUUUAUGGCACCAGAGCUUUAUGAAAAGGAUUACAACGAACUGGUAGAUAUAUAUGCGUUUGGGAUGUGCCUACUUGAAUUGGUGACUUUUGAGUAUCCAUAUGUUGAAUGCGCCAAUGCUGCUGAAAUAUAUAGGAAAGUGACAUCAGGUGUAAAGCCAGCUUCAUUAGCAAAAGUUAAGGAUCUGGAGAUCAAAUCACUUAUUGAAAAGUGUAUUGCAAAGGUCUCUGAUAGGUUGAAUGCCAAAGAACUGUUGAUGGAUUUUCUUCAUGAAAACAUAAAUGAACGAUCAAAACCAAGUCCCCAUGCAGGUAAUAUUUGCAAGCUUGAAAAUGCUGAAACUCUUAAUGACAAUACGACCGAUAACCCUAGAAAUUUCAGCAUUGAAGGUCAAAAAGAAGACCAGGACACGGUUUUUUUUAAACUAAGUAUGGAUGAUACAACAGGUAAUACUCAGAAUAUUCAUUUCCCAUUUGAUAUCAAACUUGAUACCGCCACUGCAGUGGCAAGAGAAAUGGUCGAGGAGCUGGAUUUAACAGAACAAGAUGUGCCUGCAAUUGCUGAGAUGAUUAAAUCAGAAAUCAAGUCAUGUUACCCUAGUUGGGCAGUGACUGAUUUAUCUGAUCAUGAGAUCAAUGAUGUCUACUCUGACUCUAUCGUUGACCCCCAACCUGAAUCUCCAUCCCAAUCAACAAAAAGAACUGGUGCCUCUCCUGGAUCGAUAUCUCUUGAAAGAUUACCUUCUGGUGGAAAAUAUUGGACUGAUGCACCCAAAAGUGGUUGUUCUUCACUCAAACUCAUACCUUUUGAUGGUGAGGACCAUGGUUCGAGUCAUGGUGAACCAACUAAAAAAAUGGAUAAACUCUUGCAAGAUGAUGAUGAUGAUGUAGAUAUGAUUGUAAAGAAACUGCAACUUUUAAUUGUGAAGCAGAAAAGAGAGUUGGAUGAACUUAAGAAGAGACACGGAUUGAUUAUAUAUGAUAUUUUGAUGAAACUUGCUCCCAAAACUCGACAACAAGUUUUUAAUACUUGUAGUAAAGUUGAGGUCUUGAAAGCAUGCAUCGUGGAUAAGUACACAGAUUAUGAUCGUUCAUUUGCCAUAAAAGCCGAAGAUUUGCAUAUUUCUGCGAACGUUGGAGAGAAGGAACGAGUAGCUGACAGCAGUUACCCAAGAAAUAUGUUCAGACACAAGUUUAAAACUGGGAUUGAGUAUAUGGCACCAAACUUGGGCCUCGCUUUAGUUUUGGAAAGCGAUAGCUUUGGUUGACAUUCGAGCAUCGA